GAGGACAGGGCGGAGAAAAGGUAUAAAUACCAUCGAUUCCCCGCACCUUUCUGUCCCUCAUCAAACCAUCUUCCUGUCUUCUACAACAGCAACCCACUCUUCAACCAACCAACCAACCAACCAACACUUUCCAAAAUGACCAACAAAGUUUCCAACACUGUCCACGAGGCCGUCGGCGCCACCAAGGAGAAGGUCGGCCGUGCCACCGGUAACGAGUCCUUGGCCGCCAGAGGUGCCGCCCAGAACGCCCAGGCCCACGCCAACCAGGACGCCUUGAAGGCCAACACCCACGCCCAUGGCGUCGCCAACAACGUCCAGGGUGCCACUCAGAGAACCGUCGGAAGUGCCACCAACGACCACUCCAUGCAGGCCCGCGGCCAUGCCAACGAGGCCCUUGGUGAUGUCCAGCGCAACUACUAAAGCGGCCCCACGCCACUAGGGAAGCAGAUCAAGUUCAAGUAACAAGACGGAUCGGAUUCUAAUGUCGAUGAAGGGGGGAAGAAGAAGAGUCAUCCCGGCUAUUUUUUUCCCUCAAUCCGUUCACUGUCCUUUGUCUCUCUUCUUUUUGUAAACCUAUGUAAAUAAACUACCCAUGUGUAUCGUACUUUUGCA